GCUUGAGCCGAAAAGAGAAGAGAGAGACCUUGGCUGGAUGAAGACACCCAACUGCUCCGGCUGUUUUAGGAUAUCCUUUUGGCAAUCUCCUGACCUAGACCUGCAUUCAGCUCAUUGACCCUUGACCCCAUCAACUUCACCAAGUACAUUUGCGUGUUAUACUGUGCACCCCACUGCAUCCUGCUUCUCCCCCCUGACUUCUCUGAUGGACCAGAGAGUGAAGGGGGGAACCCCUCCAUCUACAAUCUCCACUCUGGACCCCACCUCUGCUCCUGAGGACUCUGAACAGGACCGGGUGGCAGAGAAAAAGAGAGGAAGAGGUGAUGGGGAGAAUGGAGAUGUGGGGAAAAAGGAGGAGGAGAAAAAGGGAGUAGGAAGGAAGAGAGAAGGGGACAAGGGGGCAGUGCUGGAGUUGCUCAUCGAGGGGCGCUGUGGAAGCGCAGGGCAGCAACAGCUUCAGAUCUCUGGCAAAGAGACCAGCUGCCCUGAGGGGAAUGUGCGACUCCGGAUCGGGCUUCAGGCCAAACGCACCAAGAAACCGCCCAAGAUCUUGGAGAGCUACGUCUGCAAACCCACCAUCAGGACCUAUCAGAGACAAGGCAGGGGGGGACUGCCGAGGGGGGAUGGUGAAGGGGGAGUGGGGCAACAGAGUAAAACCAGCUCUACCCCAGAUGAGACAACCAGAGAGCAGCGCUCAAGCUUGGAUGCUGUCCAGACCACAUCCAAACAAACUGCAUCUGCUGCUUCACCACAACUGGCAUCAUCAUUAUCCUCGUCAUCAUCAUCGUCUUCGUCAUCGCAGCCACUGUCAUUAUCAUCAACAUUUGCUGCAGCUUCCACCCCAGCCUCAGUCCCUGCCACUGCCAGCCAGGGGACAAAGUCUGCCAAACAGGUUCCUACCAAACUGGCCAAUAAGACGGAGGUGAAUUCAAAUGGCUCAUCUGAGAGAGUGAAGAAAGAGAAGCUUCCUAGUGUCAAUGGCCAGCCUGUUCCUGCAGGAUACAAACCCUGCUCACCCACAACAGACCAGACAGCUUCAACUACUCCUUCCACUGAAUGCAUCCAGACACCUUCUGCAUCGGAGACCAGGAAUGAAGGAAACGCCACCAAGAAACAUAAUGGCUUGGUACAGACAGCGAGACAGAAGGGUCUAUCAAAUGGGAAAUGCUGUGCCGACAUUCUUGGCACGUCCUCGUCAUCAAGAAUUAAAGUUGGAAAACACAGCAGUUCUUCCUCUGUUUCUUCCAUGGACUCUACGGCAAGACCCCCAGUUUCCACCAGCUCCCAUAAAGAACUGUCCAACAAGAGUAGGCCAGACUCUCCUUCCUCUCCCUCAGUUACCCCAAAACCACAGUCCUCUCCCGCUGUGGAGCUCUCUUCUGCCCAAUCCCAAGAUCAGAACUUCUCUCUUCAGACACCACUAGAGAAAAAGAGAGAGAAAGACAAGAAAGCAAAGAAAGAGAAACGGAAAGACAAAAAAUCCAAGCGAGAUAGGUUGGAAGCUGAAAGAGCGAAGACUGAGAGCAAAAAAGGGGAGGGCAAGAAGAAGAAAAAGGAGAAAGGGAAAGAGGGAAAAUCAAGGCAUGGUAAAGAAAAAGUUGAAAGACAUAGGAGUGAUGACAUGUGGAUAGAUGAACUCAAGACUGAAAGAGCAAAGGCUGAGAAAAAGAGAGAUAAGCUUAGUCCAGAGAGACAAAGAGCAGAAGACAAUAAUCCAAAAUGUGGUGAAACAGUUGAUAAAACAGAUAAAACGUGUAAAGUACUGAAUCCAGGCAGAGCAGAAGAGAAAGACAAGACAGAUGACAAUUGUAAGUCAGUUAAACAAGCUGAGCCCACAACAACAGGUGAUGCAAGUAAAUCAAAAGAACAAGAAAGACAUUCAGCUGUGCCUCCAAGCCACCCCUCUUCUUCUACUCCUCCCUCUCUGCCCACCACCUCUACCCGUGCCCCCAUUUCUCCCCCUUCUUUCCCCCAAGAGCAAGACAGCCGACCACUUAAGAAACGUAAAGCUAGGCGGCCCAGCUGGACCAAGCUGGUGCACCGAGCUCAGAGGGCAGAAAAUCAUGAAGCCGCCUCAGAUUCCCAACACAAUCCUUCGCAAAGUUUCCCCCAGAACCCCAAGACAUCCCUUACUGCCAAAUCCACUUUCCAGCCGACCGAUGACUCGCACCCAACGUCUCUCUCCUUAAGUAGCAGCUCUUCCCCUAUCUCUUCUGCAACCAAACCUCCAUCCCCAAAGCACCCAACUUUAGAUCUGAGCCCCCCUGCAUCCAGAUGCCCAUUAACUCCUGCCCGAAAAAGGGGCCGCCCCAAAUCCAGCAGCUCUAGUAUAGAUGAGCAUCCAUCUAGACUUUCACUGAAUGCUAUCCCAGCAGAGGAGCCUCUUCUGGGGUGUAAUGGAGUUCAGAAAGCCCCUCUACUGGAGCCGAGCCCAAUACUGCAGAGUGCCGCUCAGUCUCAAUCCAGCCCCAAAAAGCGUGGCCGUCCUCCCAAACGACCCCUCCCUGAGGACCAGAAUGGAGAUGCACUGAAUCCCUCUGAUGAUACAGGCGGGAGUAAAGAUUUUCAUGCUCCUGAUAAGGGGAACAGGAAGCUAAAGAUCAGGAGGCUUAUUAAUGAGAUGAAGAAAAGAAAGAAGAGGAGACUUCACAAGGUAAUGCUCUCUGGGUACGUUGGAAAGGAGGGAAGGGGAGGAGAGGCAGCAGAUGGCGAGACCUCUCUGAGAACGUGUAAAUCAAUAGAGGCUACGACAGUACAUACAUUCUCAGCCCUGUCCUCCUCCUUUGGGAGUAAGCUGGGCCCUCAGAUCAAUGUGAGCAAGAGAGGGACCAUCUACAUGGGCAAGAGACGAGGACGCAAGCCUAAAGUCCAAACAGCUAACCUGAAUUCCAACUCCCAGAGCUCUGCUCAAUUGUUUACCAAUCCUCCUGAAACAUCUCUCUUCUCAUCCAACCAACCCCAGCCUCCUGCCUCUCACCCAUUUCCCUCCCCAUCUCUUACCCACUCUAGUGGGGCCCAGAGUCCCUACAGUGAGGGCAGCCUGGCAGAACCAACGUCUUCCCUGCUUUUUCCUCACCCCUUCUCCCUCCCUUCCCCAUCAUCAUCCUGUACCUCCCCGCGUCCUCCCUCCUCCUCUUCCCUCUCUCCCUUUGUAAAAAAGAGUUGUCCAUGUCAGGGAAGGCAUCACUUCCCCUUUCACCAGUCUACAUGUAAGCUCUCAUGUCCCACCCCGCCACUACAUCACACACCUGGCUCCCCUGGCCACCUCAAAGACGCCACCCCCUCCCCCAGGAGCGAAUCACACAGCGAAGAGACACUCCCUAGUGACAGCGGUAUCGGAACAGAUAACAACAGUGUUUCUGAGCGAGGUGAGAUGAGGGGAGCUCGAGGCAUUCUCAGGUUAGGGUCAGGAGUGAUGCUUGGGGGUCAAAGACACCCCUCCUCUCUUGUGGACCAUCCCUCUCCUGUCUCCUCACCCCCCUCUCAUAUCCCCAGACACACAAACUCAAUCAGCAACUCAAGUAAUGUGGAGCGGCACAGAGACAGACACCGGCACAGGCGGAGAGAUUAUGAUUGUUCCUCUUCCUGUACGUGCUUGUGCCCCUGCCCAGGACACAAUAAGUGCAGUCAUUCAGACUAUUAUCCUUGCCUCGGGCACAAUGCACUGAAGAGACAGAAAAAUAAACACAAGAAGAAGCACCAGCAGUUGCACAUGCAGGAUCCAGAGUUUCUGGCUGAACUCGAAGACCUGAUCGGUCAAUUCAGCGAGGUCCACAUCGGAAGGCGAAGUUGGGUGAGGACAGGUCUGGGACAGGGCUUUGAUGGGAGUGGGACUUCUGCUGGAGGAAGGCGCCAUCACCCCUCCUCCCAUCCUCUCCGCUCCAACAUCUUCAGGAUCAAUCUGAAUGGUUUCUACUCUCCUCACCCUUCGUCAUACGCUUCUAAUCCCUCCUUCUCCCCCCAGCCUUUCUACCCCUGCCAGCCAGUGCAUUGUAACAGGAAGCCUGAUCGUAGGCAGUGUGGCUGCCCCUCAAAGUUUCAGGAGACCAUUGAAAACAUGGGCUUUUACAGCAGCUAUCCCCCAGCCACAACACUUUACCACCACCUCCCCAGCUCCUACCAGCUUCCCUCUCCUCACCAGUAUGCCACCCAUCAGCCCCACCAUGCCCACUUCCUCCUCAACCCUGCCAGAUUCCACAGACGCAGGAGCAGGUUGCUGAGAGAAGGAGCGUUAGGAGGAGAGGUUGAGGGAGAUAUAGGAGGAGGAGGUGGUGGUGGAGGCCUACAUCUCAGCUCAGGGUUCACACCCAGCCUUUCCUGUGGCUGUGGGAGGAGCGAUCACAAACACAAACAUAAACAUCGUCACCGGCACUGUGAGCGAGACAUGGAUGAUGAUGAGGAGGAGUUACAUGGGGACGAGGACGAAGACAGCAUGGAGAGAGAGGAAUUGGCCAGUUCCAAGUCCAGGUCUGGGUUCAUUUUGGGGCAAGGAGACGUAGGAAGGAAAGGGGCAAGAAGAAUGGGGAGCAUGCUUUCCAAAGAAUCACCUUGGUUGUGUGAGAAUGGAAAUGAUUCAUUUUCCUCUGCGACUGCUGCCACAUCAUCAUCAUCGUCUUCCUCAGCGGAGAGGUACAAACACAUGUCUCUUACCUCACUGGGGCUGGGUUCUUCUCACCUGUCUUCGUUUGGAGGAGGCUGGGGCGGCCUGGGUCAGAGCUGGAUGAAAUUUGGCAGCCUGGGAGGGCCAGGAUUUGGAAACUCAAACCCCAGCUGGAGGGGCUUCACUGCGGAGCAACGUACAGGCGGAGUGAUCGCAUCGGACGGAGAGGACGAAGAUGGUGAGGACUUUCAAGAGUCCCACCUGUACAGGACGCCCCCUUCCCCAACGCACACCAACCUGUUCACAUCUGCCGCCAUAGCAGCAGGAGGGAGGGGCCCAAGGAGUGGAUUGGCCAGCAGGAAUUCAGGAAGUGAAGAGAGGUCAUGGAGGAGAGAUGAGCCAGCUUGGAGAGAGAGGAGAGAAGCAGGUUUACAAGGUGACUCAAGAAGCCGGGGGCAGCAGAAAAGUGUGCCAAGACCAGACAGUGUGGCAGUGAAAAACAAAAGAAGGCCAGGACGGCCCAGGAAGCACCCACUGCCCUUCACUGUAUCGCCCCCCCCACACCCAUCCGCAGCUCCCUCCAUGUCAUCACUCGACCUCUUGCCAGGACACAACCACAACAGAGAUGGACAAGAAGUGGGAGGGGGAAAAGAUGAACGGUUGCCAGAGAGGGAUCGAGGAGGCGACGCGGUGCAGCAGGUGACAGAUUCAGAGCUGCAGGCUCGGAGGAAGAGAGGGCGGAAGAGAAAACACGGUGACUCUCCCUGUCAUCAGAGUGUCACUGUGGAUAAUCCCGAGUGUGACGCCCUCCCUGAAUGUUUCGAACAAACGGAUGUGGACCAGGCUCCGUCACAGCCAGUAACCAUCCAAAGAGAGGAGAGAGCUGAUAGUCCUCCCAGGAAAAUGUUUCUGAGGGCGGGUCUUUACUCAGAUGAUUAUAAAACUACAGACCCCCCCUCUCAAGCCCAGCAGAUUUGCAGAGAGAGUUUGGAGUACACACCUGGGGAGCAUGAGUACACACUUUUACCUGCUCCCAUACAUGUCGGGAAGUACCUGAGGCUGAAGCGGAUUCAUUUCCAGUUACCCUACGAUGUUAUGUGGCUGUGGCAGAACAACCAGCUUCACAGCCAGCCUGCUGUCCCACUGAAGAGGAAGCGGCGUUACUGCCGACUGAAGGAGAGAUCUGUAUCCUCUCACCAGACGGCGGAGGAGAGCUCCAGUGACAUCACCAGCCUGUUCCCUCACCUCAACAUGGAGCCUUUGACCAGCACUGAGAGGAGCUUUGUGGUGAAACACCACGUGUUCCUCGUGAGGAACUGGGAGCUCGUGAGAGACAGACAGACCCGACUGAGGAUAGAGAGGGAGAGGGAGAGGGAGAGAGAUGCAGAGGGGGAGGAGACGGACUCUCGGCAUCUGUCCUGCGACGGAGCCAGUGGGGACGACAGCCACAUCAAGUCAGAUCAGCCAGUGGGGGUGGAGGUGACGGUUAUCAGCAGUGACCCCCUGCAUCAGAGUCAGGACACCUCCAGCUCGCUCACUGCCUGCCCCUUUCCCCACAAAACCCAGAACAGACCAGAGGAGGAGGAGGGAAGGAAGGAAAGUCGAGGGGAGGAAGAGGUCUGCAGCAGAGAACAGAGGAGGAGACGGCUCAACGAUUUACUUUUGACCCUGCAGCAUUCAUAAGCUAACGGAGGGAGGUGGGACCACUCUGCAAAGGGGACCAGGCCCACCACCGGACAGACACCAAACUGAUGUCACGGCACUGCUAUCAACAGUGGUAGUGCCGCAAGAAAGAAAAGGAGAAGAGAGCCGGAGAAUCACAGAGGCUGAAAAAUGCCAGAAAGACAAAUCGCACAUGAACAGAUGAGUGUGUUGAACCCAGUGCUCUGAAGGGCAUCACACCAAGGAUGAAACCAUGGCAACGCAUCUUUUGUCCAAGGGAUGAGAGAAGUGGAGAAAGACUGUCCCGGAUGGAGAGAGAGAGAGAGAAACAGACCAGCUGAGAUGAAUUUGCACUAGUGCUGGAUGAACAAGCACACUAAAGACUGUAUGUAUGCUGAGUGGACACACUAUAAAUGCACACACACAUACACUUUGACUGCUCUUACUUCAGCACCUUAAGCAAACUGGGAGAGAGACCUUUGCUCACAGAUUGAAAGUGGACGUAUGUAAAGUAAUCAGAAUUUCGGCGAGACGAGGAGCUCAGAAACUGCCCCUGGGGGAACUAAAAUGUAGCCUGGGCACCUAAGUAGGUCAAAAUUGAACCCUCGUUUUUGCUUGUUAGGCUUUCAAAGUCACAUUGCACCUUUGGGAAAACGACAUGAGAAGAAAGUGAGCCAGUUAAAAAUCUGUUGAGGCAGUGUUAAGGGUUUUUUUUUUUCUUCACUUUACCGAGACAGUGUCUGCUAUGUACCAGUGAAUAGGCAGGGGAGGGGGGCGGGCUUAGCGAUAGGAAUUUUGGCCUCGCCGCAAGAGAAUUUCUAAUGAGGUUUUAAGAAAGAAGUUAUUUUUGAAAAGAAAAAAAAGAGAGAUGGCAGCUUGAGAACUGUCUCCAGCAGAAAUGGACAAAAUAUAUUCAUGAUAGGAAUGUUUAAUUGUUAUUGACUAUUUUCAGUAUUGCUUCCUGGGUGAGGGAGGGAGGGAGAGGGGUGACAAAAGUAUAAAAAAAAAAAAAAGUGUGUCUGUUUACUUCAGACUGCCUUUGAGAAUGUUUCGCUCUUUGCUCCAGAGCAUUGACAAUCAGAAUGUCGUCGGAGGGGGAGGAAGAGAAAGACGAGAGGAAAGGGAAUGAAAAACGGAUUUGCCCCCAAAAUGCUCUGUAGAAGUGCCAUGUUGUCUUGUGUAUGUACCUAAGUGAACUCAUGCAGUCUUUAAAAGCAAUAUCUCUUCUGAUAAGAACUAUAUAAGGACUUCCCUUUGUUAUGUUUCUUUUUUAUUUUUUAAGUUGUGAAUAUUCGAAGUUGAUUAUUCUGUACAGAUGCGUUGUAGAUUGUUUUCAUCUUAGAAGCAUCGGCCGAGUAACCAUAAACGUUUAGUUACAUGUGAAUGUAUAUAGAGAGAGACCUGUUUUCCUUCUAUCUGCAGUAGCGUGUAAAAUUAGUAUUAUACCUGACAAUACUAUCUGGAUUAUACAUAAGGGUUAUAAUCAAAUCUAUCAUUUACUAAGAUGUUUUUAAAGCAGAUAUACAGCUGACCAAUAUAUCAGACAUUUCUCCUUAAAAAUGACUAUGAUUGUAUAUGAUUUUUUUGUAGAAUUACAUAAUUUCUUUUUUUUUAGCCGAGCAUACUCCUUUUUUUAACUGGUCAGACAAUCAGUGACAGUGAAUUAGUUUUUCCAGUGUUACAUUUUUCGCUCUCUUUUCUGUAGUGCGGCUUCUAGUUACAAGCCAAGAAAGUGCAAUUUCUUUGACUGUUUACAUAUCGUACGUAUAUUUUUCCUCUUUCCUUUUUUAACUAAGAGCACUACGUUAUUGCCAGUGGAUGAUUAACUUUAUAGCAAAGGUACACACAUACAGAGUUAUUUAUCUAGUUUGCAUGACAUGUAACCUUUGCCUGUUGCCUCCGAUAACGUGCAUCUGAAAACAAAACAUCAAGAACAGUUAUAACUCAACGCCAUAGAAUGUCAGCUCAGAUGUUUCGCCUCUAUAUCCAUAAUAAUAAAAGCAUUUUAUGUCGACU